AUGGCCACGUUGAGCAUUCGGCCUUCCGAAUGGUCUGCGGAGGUGAUCGUGAAGUCUGUUUCGGAUUAUGACAGCAUCACCCCCAAGGCCAAGGAGGUAGGCCCCGGCCCUACCCGCCAUUCGCGGAAACGCGAUUGGCAUGCAUUGCCCGGAGCCCAGUUCGUGAGCCAUGCUCGAGGUCCAGGAUCAGAGGAGGGUCCAUCGCAAGAGGACCUCGGUGCAGAUCAGAAUGAUGACUGCUUGUACGAGAGUGUCGACAAUGCAGGCAGAGCUUUCGCAGGUGAUAUGGCGGCGGUGCCUACCAGCGAUACAUUGGCCAGAGACCUAGCCCAGCUAGCAGGCAUUAUGAAGACAAGCACGACCGAUGGCAGUGUCGUGUCCAAGGUGAGUGCGAGCGAGGAUGUUGAACCUUUGCCUUGCGAACCUUGGUCUGGGAGGUACCGGGAAGCCCCCGAGGCAUUUGCCAGCCUCCUGGAGGUUCCAAGCGCCAAGGAAGCCCGGGAGCCGACCCUCAAGCACAAGGUCAUCGUCUUGCCCCCGAGCCGCAGAAAUGCACUGCGCAGCCCCUCCCCGGAGAACAACUCUCCGUUAGUGCGCCUCACCCGGCUUCGAUCACCAGAGAUUUCACCACGCCUCCUUCGUCCCAUGCCACUCUUUGCGCAAACGGCAGCCCUGUGCGUUACGAAGCCCCGGGCGUUGCAUAUCCUAGAACGGGGUCUCGACUGGGAAGCGACGCGAGAAGUGACAGACUUGGAGGCCGCACUCCCGGAGACCCCGAUCUGCCACACCUCCCUUUGCCCGAUCCUCCAGCCAGGACUGAAGAAGUCGCGAGGGGCCAGGGCCCAGUCUCCCGAUGAAGCGGCAGAGCCCAUGGCGGUCCUACGAAGGGUAGAAUUUACCACAGAUGAGGCGGGCCGCACAGACUUGAUGCAUGCAGCCCGUGAUGGCGACCUGGUCCGGGCCUCCACCUUGCUUUGUGCGGGCCUUCCGGUGGAUGCCACGGACUCCUGCAAAUGCACUGCUUUGAUGUAUGCCACCACAUAUGGCCAUGUAGCUCUUGCGCGUUUGCUCAUCGAGCAAGGCGCUAAUGUCAAUGCGCUCAGCCAUGACAGAUGGACACCACUGAUCGCUGCCGUUUACAACGGCCACCUACCGGUGGCGAAGUAUUUGUUGUCCAAGGGAGCCAACAUUGAAUGCGCGGAUGAUAGGGGAUGGACGGCUCUGAUGCACGUGGGCUUCAACGGCAAGGUUGACAUUCUGCAGUGUCUCCUGGAACACCACGCAGACACUGAGCGAAAGGACAACGAAGGAAGGACAGCACUUGUGUAUGCGGCGUUCAGCGGUCAUCUUCAGAGCGUGAAGCUCUUGCUGGCUGCAACGAAGCGCUCGGACGGCGCAGACGGCCCUUGCUCUUUGGCUCUCAUGUUUGCUGCCGACAAAGGUCACAUGGACGUGGCUCGCACCAUCCUGGAUACCACCUUCGUCUCAGUGCGAGCGAGGGCAUCGGCACUGGAGCUUGCAAACCUCCACGGCCAUCAUGAAGUGGCGCUGCACUCAGUGGACUUCCAAAACUGGAACUGGAUGCAGAACCAUGAUGACAACCUCUGGGUCAGUUCUGCUAGACAUCAAGUGUCACAAAUCCAAAACAUCAGCUGCCUGUGUGCCCAUAGCAGCCGCGUCUGCUACUUUGCGGAAGCUCCAAUGCCUCCGGUGCCCAACAAUUCCGAGGACACGCUGCUGCAGGCCUACACGGCUUUGAAGAACGCUGUGGCCCUCGACAGUUCUCUCCAAAAAGAGGCGGGGUCGGGAAACACCAGGUGUGUAUGCAUAUGCGUACACUAUUUAUUGUGUAGGCUUGUAUCACAUAUAUAUAUAUAUACAUACAUACAUACAUAUGUAUGUAUGAUAGGUAUGUGUAUAUAUACAUUUACUAUACGCAUGCACAUAUGUGUAUACCCACCUACCUGA